AUGCCAGCGCCGCUGUCCUGCCGCCGCCGCCGUUGCCAGCAAUGGCAUGCAGCCACCACCAGCGCCGCUCAUCACCGCCGCCGCCGCCCGCCAGGCAAUGGCCUGCCGCCGCCAGCGCACUGUGCUGCCGCCGCCGUUGCCAGCAAUCAAACCGCAACCGCCGCCAGCGCCACUGCUCCUGCCGCCACCGCCGUUGCCAGCAAUGGCCGCAGCCGCCACCAGCACUAUCCUGCCACCGCCGUUGCCAGCAAUAACGCAGCCACCACCAACGCCCGCCUAUCUGCUGCCGCCGCCGUUGCCAGCAAUGGCCUGACCGCCAGCGCAGGUGCCGACGAUGGCACGAUACCGCCAGCGCCGCUGUCGCCGCCGCCAUUGCCGGCAAUGGCACGACCGCCACCAACCCGCUAUCCUCGCCGCCGCCGCCGUUGCCAUCGAUGA